CCCCACCACGGCAGCAUUCCGGCCGCGUCGGUCAAACGGGACGCCCGCGGUCGCGCGUUCAUUUCAUUUCAGUUCAUUUGUCUUCCAUCCACCGUUUUAAACGAUGAUCGAUGUUAAGAAAUUGACAAGUUUAGUACGAGAAAAACGUUUUUUGUACGACAAUAGAAAUAUAAAUUAUCGUAACCGAGUAAAAUGUACAGAGGCGUGGAUAGAAAUUGCCGUGAAAAUGGGUGGGAAUAGUAAAGACGGUAAAAAAUGGGCGGGACGAUGGAAAAAUUUAAGAGAUAACUACAAAAAAUACAAGCGUUCGUGCGCUCAUGGAUCAAUUUACCAUAAAUACAAGCACUGGCCCUGGGCUGAACAUAUGAAAUUUAUUGACGACUUUAUCGAAAAACGCACAACCAUCGCAGUUGAAGCUGACGCGGCUAGUAGGACAGUGGACGAUGCGGACAGUGAAGCGGACAGUGAAGUGGACAGUGUAGAUCAAUCAAACAAUCCGCUUAUCGACCCCAGUUCUUCGGAGACAGACCGGCCAGUCCUUGCCACUGACGACCUCAACACAAGCAGCACCGUGGGCCCACAACGCUCCACCAAUAACAAAAGGAGACUGCAAAAACGUCCAAACACUCAACCAGUGCUGAAGAAGAGUAGAAUGGAUGGUAUUGAUCAUUUGUUCCAAGGUUACGCAAUGACGCUGAAGGGAAUGCCGCCGCGUAUUCAAAGUAUGCUCAAAUUGGAUAUUGCCACAUUGUUUGCUAAGUACGAACUGCAAGUCGAAAUAGGUGAGAAUGGGAGUGGUAGUGGAAUGGCGACCGACCAAGAUGAUGUGUCUGCAGACGAUGAUAUUAUUCAUGUUAAGGAGGAAGAUGCCUUAGAGAGCUGCACUAUUCAUGUCAAGGAAGAAAUGGAAGAAAGUGCCAAUGAUAAUUAUUGUGAUACUUAAUUAAGAAAGCUGGGCCGUUAUUAAGUUUCACCAGUUUCUAUAGGUAAUUAAUUAAAUAAAGGGAUUUAUUUUUGCAGAAGCGUGUAAUUUACACGUAUAAAGUUAUCUAAUAAACUCUCUAUUAAAAUAUUUA